AUGAAGAAAAUAGCUAAUUACCGGAUUAAACUGGAGGUCUUUUCUGCAACAGGCGGAAUGUUUCCAAAGGAGAAGCAAUCAGAUACCAAGCUAUGCACUGAUUUGACAACAGUCGCAGGAAGAGAAACUGCGAGCUCUGCCAACGAGAAGGCAGCCCGCGCAAACCAAUUCUCUGCGACGACGCGACUGUGGGCUGCCGCUGAUGUCAGUGAAUCAGUCCGGCCCGGGUUGAUCCGUGCGAUCCCAGAGGCGAGAGCAAAUGACACCAACGGAUUAAUUGAGCUUCGACGGAGUGGAGCGAUGCAAAGAAAGGAAACAAACGAUGAAGAGUAG